GCAAGUAUCCAGCUGAAUCAACCCGAAAGAUCAAGGCGCACAAGCGGGCGCAACCCAGUAGAACCGUAAGCUCCUUGCCCAUCUUUGAAGCACGUCUCGGGGGCUGCUCGUUGGGUGUCUUCCAUUGUCUUGAUUAGCCAACAAUCUUUUCUAUCGUUACCGAUACAGCAAACUUGCGGGGCUAAUUCUCCUGCAAGGAGGGGUACCAAACGUUAGGACGGUGGAAUGGAAAUUGAGGCUUCCGAAGCCUCAAAAUCUCACCAACUCAAGGUCUAUACGUAAAGCGCUAGAAUUCACAUGGACUUUCUUCAUGCUUUUCAACUCAUUUAUACAUGACAUUGGCCUAAAAAGGAAACUCAUUUACUACUCACAAGACAACACUCCUCCAACUCCAAGGUUUUUACUCUCUGUCACGGACUCGAGGAGACCUGGUCAAUGGUCGGUCGGGACGGGUCGGUGUCUUGCGUAGGAAACUUUAGUACAGGUUUGCUUUGCUCGAACCCGUUCAGUCUAUGUUUCUGGUCUGGGCGGGACAGCAGGCCAUAUUCAUGUUGCAGGAUUACAAACACCACAUCUGCAUUAAAUGCAGUCUCUCUUGACCAAAGCAAAUUCAGACAUUGCAAGUAACCAAUGGCUCCGCUGAUCCCGUUUAACUUCAGUUACGAAGCUGUGGUUGGAGCCUUCGACGUGGCCUUCUUUGAACGGGGUGUUCGCCACGUUCAAAGAUGACUCGAAGAUGUCGAGGUGGCGUCUGCAGGUUCGAGUCAAAUGCCCGUUUAGAGUCCGAUGCGACGGACAUUCAGCUUCCAGGCAAGUACGGUUUCUCGUUGCAUCGACUUCAGAAUCUGAAAUUGUCCCAAAAGACUUAUCUAUCAAUGGAGAGUCAUUCGGCAAGAUGUUGGACCGGUACCCAGAUAUCAAAACACUGAAAAGGCUGCAUUCGAAGAUAUUCAGUGAUCAAGUCCUACGCGCGGACCCAUCUCUUGGCGUCAAACUGAUGCGUGCUUACGCUGCUCGCGGCAAACCGGGGACCGCCCGCCACGUAUUCGAUGAAUUGCGUGACAGGAAUGUGAUUGUCUACAAUGUCAUGAUCAGGAGCCAUGUGAACAACCGCCAGUAUCGUGAUGCGCUGGUGCUUUUCAAAGACAUGUUGGGCUGUGGUUAUGUUCCCGAUAAUUAUACGUACCCUUGCGUGUUGAAAGCAUGCUCUGGGUCCAGUAAUAAGGUGGCCGGGCUUCAAAUUCAUGCUGCGGUGGUGAGAGUUGGGCAGGGCUCAUGUUUGUUUGUUGGGAACGGUUUAGUUGCAAUGUAUGGGAAAUGCGGUUGUUUAGUGGAGGCACGUCGAGUUCUUGAUGAGAUGCCCAGAAGAGAUGUAGUUUCAUGGAACUCAAUGGUUGCCGGUUACGCUCAGAAUGGGCAGUUUGACAAUGCCUUGAGUGUUUGUAGGGAAAUGGAAUUCUUAAAGGUAGGAUUCAAUUCUGGAACAAUGGCUAGCCUCUUGCCGGCUGUGAGUAACGCAUCGGCCGAAAGUGUUGAGUAUGUGGAGAAGAUGUUCCUGAAGAUGGAUAAAAGUAACUUGAUCUCUUGGAAUGUGAUGAUUGCUGUCUACGUGAAUAACUCGAUGCCCACCAGAGCUGUUGAGCUCUUUUCACAGAUGGAAGCGCAUAAAGUUGAGCCAGAUGUCAUUACUUUUGCCAGUAUACUUCCAGCUUGUGGAGAUCUCUCUGCUCUGUCAUUGGGAAAGAAAAUUCAUGAGUGUGUGGAGAGGAAGAAGCUUCGACCAAAUUUGUUGUUAGAGAAUGCUUUAAUUGACAUGUAUGCUAAGUGUGGUUGUUUGUCUGAUGCAAGGCAAGUGUUUGACAAAUUAAAUGUUCGAGAUGUCAUCUCAUGGACUUCAAUGAUCUCUGCAUAUGGCAUAAGCGGACUUGGUCGUGAUGCAGUGGCUCUUUUUUCGAGAAUGCGAAAUUCAGGUCUUGAUCCAGAUUCCAUUGCUUUUGUGUCAAUUCUGUCCGCUUGCAGUCACACAGGACUGCUGGACGAGGGGCGUCAUUACUUUAAUGUAAUGAUCGAGGAGUAUGGGAUAGAACCACGUCUAGAACACUUCUCUUGCAUGGUAGAUCUGUUGGGACGUGCUGGGAAAGUAGAUGAGGCAUAUCGUCUCAUCCAGAAAAUGCCGAUGGAGCCUAAUGAAAGAGUUUGGGGAGCUCUCUUGGGUGCUUGUCGGGUCUACUCGAACAUGAAAAUGGGGCUUCUGGCUGCUGAUUGUCUCUAUCAAUUGGUUCCGGAGCAGUCAGGUUAUUACGUUCUUUUGUCUAACAUCUAUGCAAAAGCUGGUAGAUGGCAAGAUGUAGCAAAGGUUAGAUCAACCAUGAAGAGUAAAGGAAUCAAGAAAGCACCCGGUGUUAGUAAUUUUGAGCUUAAUAACAUAGUCCACACCUUUCUUGCUGGUGACCAAUCUCAUCCACAGUCCACACGAAUCUACGAAGAAUUAGACAUACUAGUGGGGAAGAUGAGAGAGCUCGGCUAUGUUCCUGAGACAGAUUCAACUCUUCAUGAUGUGGAGGAUGAAGAUAAGGAUGGUCAUCUAGCGGUUCACAGCGAGAAGCUGGCGAUUGUGUUUGCUAUCCUGAAUACUGACCCAGGGACGCCGAUUAGAAUUACCAAAAAUCUUCGUAUAUGCGGGGAUUGCCAUACUGCAUCCAGGCUAAUUUCUAAAAUCACACAGCGUGAAAUAAUCAUCAGAGACACCAAUAGAUUUCACAAUUUUGCGAAUGGAGUCUGUUCCUGUGGAGAUUAUUGGUGACAGUCCACAUGGGUUCUCUUCCUUGCAUCGUCAUGGGGUUUUGAUUUGAGGAGAAAUUUUGGUGGCACGGAAAGAAGAUAACGUCCUGACCAUAUCAAGUGAUGAUCGUGUCGAAGGUAUUUAAGAAGAUCCUCUUGAAGAUACUGAAGGAGCUCAUUUUGCUUUUCUUUUUCUGGUACGGGAAACUAACAAAGCACCGGCAAAAUAAUCUAAACACCCAUGAACAGAGGUGCUUCUGUGGUUUCAGGGUAAGCAAUAGGCGCUCCGCAAUGUUCGGAAACAGAAGGAAGGGGCAAGCUCACACUUCCUUGCUGGAGGUCGGAAUUUUUAAUCUAAUGGAACGGUUUUCUCCCGUUUGGAAGACGAAUUGGCCUUUCUCUAAUUCUUGCUGCUCAGAGGCUACUGAGCUAAUUGAGGAUUCUUCCUGCGAGUCAAUGAUGAAAAUAGCACAUUCUCAGGCAGCAAGAGCAAGAGCAUAGCUUGCUUCUAUUUGCGACUUUGAUUGUGUCGGCGACUAUUGGGCUGUUUAUACUCCCUUGUAAUGAAGAUGAGUCGCAAAAUUCUGUAUUCAUUCCGUAUGUUGAGACCGAUUCACAGAUAGCAUACGAAACAAAUGGCCAUUCAAGUGAGGAAGCACCUGCAUUAGUCCA